CUUGAGCUUUUUCAUGUCCUUUGUUAUUUGCAAGACUUGAUUUUUCUUCUUCUUCAGAGAGAGAGAGAGAGAGAUCUCAAUCUCAUCUGGGCUCUCUCACUGAUAAAAGCUUAUUCUUUUGUAUUAAGGCUGUGUUCUUCAAAUGUCUUUUCCAGUGCAAAGAUUGCAGCUUUUCUGGUCAUGGGUGUGUGCCUUUAUUUACACUUGGCUUUUAUAGAGAGGGAUCUAUCUUCUUUCUUCUAAAUUCUGACAUCUUUCAAAGAAUUUGAUUGAAAAUCUGGGGUUUGAGAUUGCUGGAAUGGGGACUAAGGUACAGUGCAAGACAGUUUUGCCUGCAUUCUACUCUGUAAAGGAUAUAAACGGAAGCUUGAGUAACGGGAUGUGUUUACUUAACAACAAUGAACAGACAACGCUGAUUGGUCAGCAUUUUGAAUCAUUUUCGCUGCGAUUUCCAAUGGAUGGAUAUUUUGAAUAUGAAAAGGAAAAGGUGAGGCAAACGAUCUUGAAGCACGAAUCAACAUUCAGGCACCAGCUCCAAGAACUUCACCGUCUCUACAACAAACAAAGGGACCUAAUGAGUGAUUUGAGAAUGAGAGAACUGCACAAGAAUCCAUUGGAGGUUGAGGGCUGUUUGUCUCACACUCCUCCCGAUGAAGCGAAAAGAAUGUGGCAUGCUAAUCAUUUUCCCUUGACCCAUCGCCAAGUGUCCUCCUCUUCAGGCACUCAUUACCCCCGGGCUCUGUUUGGAUGUAGAGAAUCAGCAAAUAGGGCUGUCCUUGUUUCCAUGCAAGGCAAUGAAGCCAAACAAGGCGUUAAUCCCGUGAGAUAUGAUACUUAUUUAAGGAGGAACGGUUGUCUUGCUGACUUGAAUGAACCGAUUGUGAUUGAGGACGAUUAUACCCCAAUCUCUCCCUUCAAUGACACCCAAAAUGGGAAGAAAUCCAGUGGAAAUCCUUUUGUGGAAAGGAAUGGCGGAACUUGCCUCCAGAACAUACAGUCGAUUCAUGGAGAGUAUAGACAUGAGAACUUUUCUCUUGACAUAAAUGCAGAUGCUCCAUCAUCUGAUGAUUUGCCUAGCAAUACCAAUGCAGAAACGGAGAUGAAGAAGAAAACCAUUUUUGGAGUAGUUUUAUCAGAGGGCAAAGGAGAACAGAUUUUCUCUGCUUCCAGUGGGAUUGCUAAUAUCAGUUCACAGAACCAAAGAAUCGAGUUAAAUGUAGUCGAAACAGGCAGGAACGGCGGCAUUAUGGUAGAGAAGAGCUAUCACAUGAAUCUUGAUUUGCUGCAGAAUUGUUCUCAUCAGUUCUUCAAGAAAUCCGAAGCAGCAGCUGCAGCAGGAGAAGAUGCUGCUAAUGUUGUUAAUAAGAAGAUUUUUGGCGUUCCAAUUUUCAAUUUCUCUGCUGAUUCUGGUAAGGUGAACACAGAUGAAGCAGCAACCGCAAAUCAUUUCGAAGAUUCAGAUUCUGGUUUGAGAAAUCAGAUCGAUCUUAACGUCUCUCUCCACGAAGAAGAAGGAGAGGCUCUAACGGUUCUCCAAUUGGAAGAAAACAUUGAAGAUGUUACAAGACUAGCUGCAGAGGCUAUAGUUUCCAUCUCAUCAAUCCCAUCAUCAUCUGGAGAUUGCCUCAAAUGGUUUGCAGAUUUGAUUAGUUCCCAAAUUGACGAAUCAUCAACCCUAAAUGGUGAAGAAGAAGAUGAUGAGGAGGAGGAGGAUUCGAUCCCAGAAGGGAUGGAUUACUUUGAAUUCACGACGUUAAAAUUGAGAGACGAGAAGUGUUACGAGCCAUCAAUUUUGGACGUCCACUUCGAUGGCGGCGGGGGAGCCGGCGGCGAAGGAGAAACAAGAGAAGUAGUUUCCAAACGCCGGCCGAGAAGGAGAGGGCCGGCGGCGAGAAGAGACUUCCAGAGGGACGUUCUUCCCGGGCUGGUCUCCCUUUCGAGGCACGAAGUGAGCGAGGACAUCCUGACAUUCCAAGAGCUCCUGAAGAAGAGCGGCGGCUCCGUUUGGCGAUCUAGAAUGUCUCGCGGGAGAAAAGAUGGCGGCGGAGGAGGAAGAAGGCGGCGACGAGGUGGGCCCCUGACAAACCACCACCCGAUGUGCAGUGAUAGUGAAACCACGCCGGAGAAGAUGAUAAUAAGCCUGACCGGAGGAUGGGGGAGACGGAGGAGACGGCGGCCCUGGCAGAGGUUUCCGAAGGGCCGCACACACAUGGAAUGAACCUGUAACAUUAUUCCAAAUUCAGUUAGUUGUGUAUUUCUUAUGAAUGUCACAAUUUGUUCUCUCAAUUAGUUAGUUCCUCAAUUCCAAAGCAACAUAUAUUGAAAUUAUGAAUUAAAGCUCCAAGAUUUAU